AUGGCGCUGACAAGCGUCCCGUGGCGCCGAUUGGGCGUCUUUGUGCGCACUGUGGCGGGCGCAAUAGACGGUGGUGAUGGAAGGAAGGACACCGCGAGCCCGCCAUCGGUGGAGGGUUCCUGCGCUGCGCCGCCGUGGCCGCCCCUGCGUGCCACGGAUCCGCGCUGCUCGGGGAGGGAGAAGAGGCAGCUGAGCCAGAUUUGGCCUCGCCGCCGCCGGAUCCGGCCUCCACACGCGCCGAUGCCACCGGUCAAAGAGGGAGAAGAGGGAGCUGGCUCCGAUCAGAGGGGCGCGGUCAGGUGGGAGAGAGGGAGGGUGCGGGGGAGGGAGAGGGGCGCGGUCCUGUGCGCCGUCGCUGGGGAGAGGGGGAGUCGCUCGGGGAGAGGGGGAGAGGGAGUCGUGCUCGGGCGCAGUCACUCGCAGGAGAGGGAGUCGCGCUUGGGCGCGUCGCUCUGGAGAGUGGAGUGA